AUGCCUCCCCAGGGUUCUGUGUACCCGGCCCAGGUCUUUUAUUCGGGACAGAGGCGGCCAUAUUCCGCAGUAUGCAUAGCGUCUUUUUUCUCCAUAAUCGAUGUGGCCGUUGUGGAGACCAUCAUAUCGUUACCCAUUAGAAACGUCUCUACACUACUGUGCGAUAUAAACUGCUCUGAGCUUUUGCGGCUCCAUAUCACUGGACAUGGCACUGUCGUCCUGUAUUCUUUAUAUAGAGACGCAAUCUUGUCCGCUAUCUUUACUUCCCUGCGGAGGGAUCAAGAUGCCGCCCAAGGCAUCACAGCCUCCCUGCCAUUUAGCGUCUCUGAUGACCUGCUCUCUUACAACAUGAUGAUCCAGGCUACAAGGCCAAUUGGACUUCGACCCAGCGUCCUUGUAAGAGGAUUGGGGUCUCGAGCACGGCCCAGAGAAGCCCUGACUGCUGGCUACCUUCCUCCGUGUCCUUGCAAAGUAUCAGUAACACCUUUUGGCUUGCAAAUAAGUGAUACAGAGCAAGCUGAGGUAUUGUGUGUGCCGCAUAAUGCAAUCACAGCAGUUAACUUAGAUGAUGGUGCAUGUAGCGUAGUCGUUUCUUCAACGUCUAACGAGGAUGGUUGCAAUCUUAUCCUUUAUGGGCUCAGCCCUUUUAUCACAGAGUUCGUGUAUGUUCUCCUUCGUGCAUAUCCCCGCUUUAUACAGAUACAGCCAGGGGCUGAGGAUUGCGAGGACCAGAAUGCCCUUUUCGACGAAGAAGAGUGCGUCGCUGAAAAAGCAGCGCUGUGCUCGUUCGUAAGCAAUCCGGGAGAACAUCAAUCGAUUGUGUCAAGUGACGUAGUGAUGGUAGCAACAACACCAGCUUUGUUUGAAUCACUUACAUCUCACACUAAAUUGCCCAACUUAACAUUGGCAGCUGAUGAAGUUGUGCGCGGGGAUCAGCUGAAAGAUAUCUCCUCACGAGCCACAAACUCCUUGCAGGCAUUUGCUCAGAUUGAAAGCUUAUUUGAUAAAAUACACUCACGUGAGAAUGUGGUCUCAGGGGCAUCGUCCAAUCAACUGUCGCCACCGCACACCCCAGACCAACCAGCAGUUCAGCACUCGCAGAUCACUGCUCCGCUGAGGAUGCCCCGGACCGGAGCCAGUCAGGACUUGUCUAGUAUACCUACUGAUAAGGCACAAAGUUCAACCUACUUCUACAAGCACCUCGAGAGAGUCUACGUCCCUGCUGUUAUUGCCAGAUCACAGCCUCUUGCCUCGUCAACUUUAAGUGUCUCCAUCACCACCUCCGAAGUAGCUUAUACUGUUGUUGUAGACCGCGCAUUCCAGGGAUUUGAUUCUGCGUCCAGAUUUAUUAGGACUUGCUCCAGUCAGUCUCUGCGUAAUGCCUCCAACAUUUUAGACACGGCGAGGGCCGAGUACCUCCAAAAUCAAUCUAUGUACGCGUCGCUGGAACCAAUAGUCCUUCUGUCCGAGGCCCAUACUCCCGGCAUCAUCCCUGUACUUCUUGGCUUGAAGGAAGCUCAAAGCAUCUGUUUGCAAUCAAGUAUGCGCUUGGUUUCCGCGACCAUCCCCGCUUGUCGCACAUAG